GGGGAGGCUGGAGGAGCAAGCGGAGCUGCUCCAGGCAGGGCGGGCAUGCAGGGCAGGCGGGCUGGCCAGGGGGGCGAGCCGGGGGCGCCCCGCACCAUGGUCCCCCCGCUGUCCCUGCUGUGACUGCCCGCACCAUGAGCACCUGGGAGCUGCUGCUGGCCUUGGCGGUGGUGCUGCUGAUGCUCGUGGCCCUGCUGGCCAACGUGCUGGUGCUGAUGUGCUUCCUGUACAGCGCCGACAUCCGCAAGCAGGUGCCGGGCUUGUUCAUCCUCAACCUCACCUUCUGCAACCUGUUGAUGGCCGUCUCCAGCAUGCCCCUGACCUUGGCCGGGAUCAUUUACAAAAGUCAGCCGGGAGGAGACCAGCUCUGCCACGCUGUGGGCUUCCUGGAGACUUUCCUCACCAGCAGCUCCAUGCUGAGCAUGGCAGCUCUGAGCAUUGACAGGUGGAUUGCUGUGGUCUUCCCCCUGAGUUACCACUCCAAGAUGAGGUACCGGGACGCCGCUCUCAUCCUGAGCUACACGUGGCUGCACUCGGCGUCCUUCCCCAUCGCGGCAGCUUCUCUCUCCUGGCUGGGUUUCCACCACCUCUACGCCUCCUGCACGCUCUACAGCAAGAGACCCGAGGAUAGGACACAGUUUGUGAUUUUCACUGGGGUCUUCCACGCCCUCAGCUUCCUGCUGUCCCUCGUGGUCCUGUGUUUCACAUAUCUCAAAGUGCUGAAGGUGGCACGGUUCCACUGCAAGCGGAUCGACGUGAUCACGAUGCAGACCCUGGUGCUGCUGGUGGACAUCCACCCCAGCGUGCGGGAGCGAUGUCUCGAGGAGCAGAGGCGGCGGCGGCAGCGGGCAACGAGGAAAAUCAGCACCUUCAUUGGCACCUUCAUCCUCUGCUUUGCACCUUAUGUCAUCACCAGACUUGUGGAACUAUCCUCCGUGGCCCACAUCAGCUCCCACUGGGGGAUCAUCUCCAAGUGCUUAGCUUACAGCAAAGCCGUCUCAGACCCUUUUGUGUACUCUUUGCUGCGGCACCAGUACAAGAAGACGUGGAAGGACAUGCUGAACAAGGUGCUCAAGAGGAGCUCCAUCAACUCGUCGGCGCUGGCGGGCGAGCGGCACGGCCGGAGCGUGCCGGCGCCGGGCGAGUGAGGGGCUGCCGGGCACACAGCCCGUCUGGGACAGCAGCUGCCUCACCCCAGAGCUCUGCUCAGCCCUCCAGCUUCUUGGAGGCAGCUGUGGGCAGGGCUGAGUCCCUCCAAAGGCCCAUGUAACGUGCAGGCUGCUCGUCCUCCCUCUGGCUGGAAGAGCGCUAUUGAUCCGUGGUCAGGCUCCAUAAAUACAAAUCUCCCAUUGAUUUCCAUCAGCAGCUAUAGAUAACAAACUAGUCCUCAGCAGAGGGAUUCGUGAAAGUAAUGGGAGCAAACUGCUGCUGGCUCAAGAUUAUUCUGAAAAGCUGCAGAGGGGUAUUUGUGCUGUGCUUGUCAUUGGCUGCAGGUAAAGUUGCCUCUGAUGUAGCUGCCAACGUGGCUUUACAGAAACCACCCCACCCUAAUGGCUUGAGAAGGUUGUGUCUAGAAAAUAUCUUAAUGGGAAAAGCUUAAAAAAGCCCCCAAGCUAAAUAUUUAUCCAGCACCCAACACAGUUCAGCCUUUUCUGAUUUAUAUUUUAGGAAGAAUCCCAUAGAACUGAAGGAGGAUAAAAACCACUUUUGGAGUGUGCUGGAUUCAGCCAUGUCUUCUCUAAAUUUUUUAAGUUAUUCACAUAGAAUCCCACUAAUAUUCUCUCCAUUAAAUUUCAGGAAAAGACAAAUGGCAGACAGGGUGGAAAGGUCAGGAUGCCUCCUGCCUACCUUCCAUAUAUCUGAGCUCUGAAUAGCUGGAUUUUGCCCAAAGCUGCAGAUCUGGGCCCUGUGCCCAGGAGGAAAAAUAACAAAUCUCUUUUUCUGAGGAGUUAUUAAUCAUGGAGUUUUUUUCCUGCUUAAAGGAAAGAUGAGCCUAAAUCUGAGUUUCAAGUAUAAUUUCCAAAGCAAAUGGAGCACAAAUAAUAGGGCUCCCUCUCCACCAUGAAAGUGGAGCCAAUAAUCUGAAUCCACAUCUGAAUGUGCAAAUCUCUGGAGGUGUCAGUACAAACCUUUAUAGCUCUGGAUUGCAGUUCUGCAUAGGAACAUUAUUAACAUUUACCAUGCACUCAGAUGCCUGCCCAGAUUUUUAAAUAAGCUUGGUUAAUUAGGCUUCAUAAUGCAAUGGUAGCUCCAAUAGCAGCUGGCACAACUGGCUGUGCUGCCAUCUAUCCCUGCUCAUAUUCCAGCUGUCAAUGGCAUUCUGAGGAAAUAAGGCCUCAAGUUGCAAAAUAUGUGGGAUUACUUUUUAGUUGCCACCUUCUCUCAUGCAGGAAAAGGGCUUGGCAUGUUGCAAAAAAUGUCCACUGUUGAAUUUUCUGGCCUGUGAUACAAAACCCAGACUGGGGACUCAGUGAGGGGCUUCACCCCAAAGUCAGUGAAUGUGGGAUAACACCUCAGUUAUUAUCUGAAGAUUAUCAGCUACCAUGUAAAUUAAAAAUUUCAGCUUUAUUCUUAAUUUCAGUUAUAAAAAAUACCAUAAUUACAAUAAACUCCACACAUAAUUAUAGCAAAAUAAUUUAGGAAAGCCUAAAUUAACAUUUAAAACACUGCAUUGAAAUGAGCCCUUAGCCAGAUUAAAUAGUCUACCUCAUCUUAAUAAUUUUGUUUUUUAGGCUUAGCAUAAUUUUCUCAGGUGCAAUAGAUAAAAACACCCAGUUCAGUAUUUGUUCCUGAGGAAAUUCAAGACAUAUUGAUGAUGGGACUGUAUUAGAAUACAGGAUGUUCUAAAGUUGAUUGUUACUGAGUUAAAAAGAUAAAAAGCUCCACUUUGAGCAUGUUUGACUUAAAUUGCACCAGGAAAGUCCACGGCUGUGAUAAACUUACACAUGGAGCUGAUGCCAAAGUCAGUGGGAGGUUUGUAUGUCAAUAAGGGCAGCUCCAGAAACAUUCAAACCUUCAAAUUCAAAGAGAAUAAGCUAAUUUCCCAGGAGAAAAAAAAAACCAAACUAUAAUCCACUUAGGAUGUCUAGUAAUAGAUGGAGAAUACAGCACUGGACUUGUCUCAUUAUGCUUGUGUAUCACAGUCAGUCACUGGUUGAUUUACAUCCACCAUGAGCAAUAAAUCUCUCCCCUUGUAUGUGUUUAAAAAUUUGUCUCUCUUUCAUGGUGCCUUUCUCCUAUAAUUAAUCUUAUAACAGAGAAUAGAUAGAAUUUCCCUUUCCUUGCAUCAGCUCUCUGUCAUAUUUUGACCAUCUGAAGCAAGCAGGAGUUGUAAAUGCUGGUGCUUGACAAACUGCCUCAGUACAGGAAAUAAAAAAUACCACCCCAGCAUUUCCUGAUGACAUUUUAUAGGAUACUCAAAAUAUGGUACUGUGGCUUGUUAAGUGCUAGAUUUUCAGCUGAAUUCUUAUAGGCAACUGGCAAAAUUUUCUAAAAUGUGUGUCUCAGUGAUGAAUGUAGAUAUGAGUAACUAUCUGUCUGCUGAGUAUUACAUGUGCUACACAACACUCUGAUUGGAGUGAGUUAAAAUGAUGCUGGUAAAUGUAAUAAUGCUCAGUAUUUAUUAUCUCUGCCCAUGAAGCAGAGCUGUUCUCUUGUCUAACACGUGUGUGUGCAAGGGGGGAGGUGGGGAAAUUUCCAUCUGUAACUUAAAUAUUUUUGAAAAAAGUUUGUAAAGUUUGGCUGCAACCUGUGCCCAAAAUCUGGAGCUGCAUGUGCAAAAUCUGGGCAGCUGCUUAGGCAAUAUGCAUUUUCUGUUUGUUGUGUCUGUGACCCAUAUGCAAUAGCUGCUCCUCACAUGCAUGUUCAAUUAACAUUUCCUUCAUCUCUUGUAAAUUUGGCAGGCAGAGCACUGGCAGAUGAUUAAGAGAAUGCUGUCCACUGUGUUGUCUUGUGGAUUCUGAGCUUUUUCCUUUGUUCAUUUUAAUGGUUUUUGCAUCAUUUCAGAGCCCUGACUGAGAAUUGUGGUCCUGGUUUCUGUUGUGCUCUUGAGCCAGUCUGAGUGUGAAGAUCUGGGUAACUGCAAUUGGCAAAAACUAUGAGGGACUGGUAAGGGUUUGUUGAACAAUUAUUAAGGACCAGGCUCUCUCUUGACAUAAAUCAAAAUAAUGGUGGUUUCACCUGAGGAUUUGGUCCAUUAGAUAACUUUAUCCAGGGUUUAUAGAUCCCUUCUCUAUGUGUUUUUAUGGUAUUUACAAAUGGAAGGAUGUAAACAGGAUUCAGGGAGUUCCUCUGAUGUGCAAGUGCUCACUUCCAAUGUCAGGCAACCACACAACUAAUUCAGUUCCAUCCCUGUUCAUACACUUUGAGUAGAUGGCCCUAAAAACCUCUUUUCAGUAGCCCUAAAUCAGACUUUUUAAAACUUCCCUUAUGUCUUAAAAAAAACCCCAAAAUCUUAGAGAUGAAAAAUGCUCCAGACAAAUCCUUAUGGAGCCUGGUGACUGCUGCAGCUGUAGCCACACAUAUCACAGCACCCAGACAGCUGAGUUUGGAAGGAACCUCAAAAAGCCCCCAAAAGCCCCCAAAAGUCACAUCCCUGCCUCUGGCAGUGAUUCACCCUCUCAGUUUUGCCAAUGCAUUAGGAAAUUAUCUUGGUCUGCUUCAG